CGCCGUUCAUCCCGAGUGGCCUGACCAGAGUGGAGAUGGAGCUUUUGGGGACAACUUCAACUUUCUUGUUUGUGCUGCAACUGCUUUCUGUCAACGGUGUUGCCAAACCCAAAACAACAGUGUCCUGGUGCGUCGUAUCGGCUGCGGAGGAGCGCAAGUGCUCGGACCUGGCCGGGAACGCCACGGCUCGGAAUAUCCGAGGGGCUUUGCGGUGCGUCCGAGGCCUGAACGCCAGAGACUGCGUGGAGAAAAUUCAAAACGGGAGCGCAGACGCGGCUUCCAUGUUUGCGGAUGACGUCUACGCCGCGGGCCUGUGCCACGGCUUGGAGGUGGCGGCAGGGGAGUCGCUCAAUGGAGUGGACGGCGUGAGCUAUUACGUGGUGGCGUUGGCUCGCCGCUCGUCGUCCGACUUGUCCCUGCUGGAGAUGCACGAACGCAGCUCGUGCCACCCGGGCAUGCGCACCACGGUGGGCUGGACCGUGCCCGUCGGCUACCUGCUCAACACCUCGCAGAUCAGCGUGGGCAACCAGUGCAACUUCCCCCGCGCGGUGGGGAACUUGUUCGGCUACAGCUGCGUGCCCGGCGUCAAGGACCCCAAGCAUGACCCCCGGGGCAACAACCCCAAGAACCUGUGCGAGGCCUGCAUUGGCGACGACAACGAUCGACACAUCUGCGCCAGCAACCCCCGAGAGAGACACUACGGCGAGGCGGGGGCCCUCAGGUGUGUGGCGGAGAACCUCGGCGACGUGGCUUUUGUCAAACACACCACCGUCUUUGACAAUUUGGAUGGCAGGAACCAGGAGUCGUGGGCCCUGGACGUGGAAGCCGAGGACCUGAAGCUGCUCUGUCCCGACGGCACCGAGGCCGACCUGGACGACUUCCGGCUGUGCCACUUGGCGGCCGUGCCCGCCAAUGGCGUGGUGGUACGCCAACAUGACAAGUGCCGCAUCUGGAAGUUCUUGGAGCGACUGCAGAAUGUGUUUGGUAACUCUACGGACGGUUUGAGCAUGUUCAGCUCUUCUGGCUACUCUGACUCGGACGUGCUGUUCACUGACUCCACCCACCGCCUGCUGAGGGUCCUGGGGGGCUUCACGUCCUGGCUGGGCCCCUCCUACACUAGCGCCCUGCAAGCCUUCGAGUGUGAAGGAUUCUGCUGAUGAAAGGAGGAAGACAUCUUCCCUCCUCGUCCUCCUCCUGACAUCCAUUUAGGC